AUGGCUCAAUUCCCCUGCUGUAGAGUUGGCUUUUUCGCUCAUCUUCCUCUGGACUACAUACAGAUUUGUGACAACGAGGAAGAGCAAGAACAACCAGGGGAGUUGGGAUUGCCGCCAGGGCCAAGGCCAUGGCCAGUGAUAGGCAAUCUCCAUCUUUUGGUAAGUCUUCCUCACAAGUCUCUGGCUGAACCCAUCAUGUUCCUCCGCUUGGGCUCUGUACCCACGGUUGUGGCCUCUUCCCCUGCCAUGGCCGAAGAAUUCCUUAAAACCCAUGAGCUGAUCUUCGCUAAUAGGCCAACUUCAGCGAUGGGCAAGUACCUGGCCUACGAGCGUAGAGACAUGGCGCAAGCCCCUUACUGGUGGCAGAUGAAAAAGCUGUGCACAAUCGAAUUACUGACGGCCAAGAGAACGGAGUCAUUCAGAUGGGUAAGAGAGGAAGAGGUGUCUGCCAUGGUGAGAUCUGUGUGGGAGGAGAGCAAGAAGAUCAUCCGCUACGUCGAACUGCGGAAGCCCAUCUACUCCGUCUCAUUCAAUAUAGUGUGCAGAAUGUUUGCAGGAAAAAGUUACUGCGACCAUCAUCUGAGCGGAGGGCAGGGGUUUUUACAGAUGCUGGGUGAGAUUAUGCAUCUCGCAGGAGUAGUUGUUCUUGGAGACUUCAUUCCCUCUCUUACCUUUCUCGAUUGGCGAGGCCACCGCCGCCGCAUGAAGGCCGUUCAUAAAGUAUUCGAUGCGUUUGCUGAGAAGCUCAUCGAUGAGCAGAGCGGAGAAGGGCGAAAAAAAACAUCUGCUACACCUGUAGAAUGGGUAAUGACUGAGCUGCUGAGAAACCCUAAAGUAAUGGCAAGGGCGCAGCAGGAUAUUGAAUUGGAGGUUGGGAGAGAUCGUAUUGUAAGGGAGAGUGAUCUUGUAAAUUCAGACUACUUGCGAUGUGUGGUGAAGGAAACAUUUCGAUUACAUCCACCAGGCCCCUUGCUCGUGCCACACGAAUCCACUGAGGGUUGCAAUGUGGGAGGAUACUACAUUCCACCAAAAACAAGGUUAUUUGUGAAUGCAUGGGCAAUGGGGAGGGAUGAAAGCGUUUGGGAAGAUGCUGCCAGCUUGAUUUUAUGGAAUGAAAAGGAGAAGGAAGUGAAGAAUUUGAGUCUUGUGAAGAGUUGCAGUGCUGAGAAGAAGGUUGCAGAGGUUAUACCAGAUGAUGGUGCGGAUUUGAAGAAGGAUCUUGUGGAUGGAUCUGUUAGCAAGGUGGUACCGAAUGGUAGUAAGGUUAGAGUUAUGGUAGCAAACAAGAUGAAUUAUAGUGGAAGAACUAGAUCUGAUUUGCAGAAGAAAGAGGGUGGUAAUAAGAGAGAGAGUACCAGUGUUAAGCAUGGGGAGAGAGGAGAAGUGUAA